CAUGAUACAGAUUUGACAAAGAGAGGAGGAUAGCCUGUUAAGAGUCUUCGCUCUCAAAGUCUGAGCCCCGCCCGCCGAAGCCUGUCUGCAGAAUCCGUAGCAACCAGCACCAUGCCCAUGACACUGGGGGUACUGGAACAUCCGCGGGCUGCCCUACUUGAUUGAUGGGACUCACAAGAUCACCCAGAGCAACGCCAUCCUGCGCUACAUUGCCCGCAAGCACAACCUGUGUGGGGAGACCGAAAAGGAGAAGAUUUGGGAAGACAUUUUGGAGAACCAGCUUAUGGACAACCGCAUGCAGCUGGCCAGACUCUGCUAUGACCCAGAUUUUGAGAAACUGAAGCCAGAAUACCUGGAGGGACUCCCUGAAAUGCUGAAGCUCUACUCACAGUUUCUGGGGAAGCAGCCAUGGUUUCUUGGGGACAAGAUCACCUUUGUGGAUUUCAUCGCUUAUGAUGUCCUUGAGAGAAACCAAGUAUUUGAGCCCAGCUGCCUGGACGCCUUCCCAAACCUGAAGGACUUCAUCUCCCGAUUUGAGGGCUUGGAGAAGAUCUCUGCCUACAUGAAGUCCAGCCGCUUCCUCCCAAGACCUGUGUUCACAAAGAUGGCUGUCUGGGGCAACAAGUAAUGCCUUGAAGGCCAGGAGGUGGGAGUGAGGAGCCCAUACUCAGCCCUCUGCCCAGGCUGUGGAGCGCACUGGACUCUGCAUCCCAGAACCUGCCUCCCCAUUCCUUUCUCCUGUUUAUUCCCAUCUUUACCCCCAAGACUUUAUUGUCCCCUCUUCACUUCCCCUAAACUCCUGUCCCAUGCAGGCGCUUUAAAGCCUCAGUUACCCACUUUCCUUCAUGAACGUCCCCCUCCCAGCAUUACCCUUCACUGCACUAAAGCCAGCCUGACCUUCCUUCCUGUUAGUGGUUGUGUCUGCUUUGAGGGGCCUGCCUAGCCCCUGGCCUGUGGAGCUCAGCCCCGAGCUGUUCCUGUGCUGCAUGAAAGAGCAGCAUUGUCUGGUUUACAGGCCCUGCUCCUGUAACAUGACCCCUGCCUUAGGCCUUCCUGAUCAAAGUAAAGCCUCAGCCAC